AUGAUUUUGCCAAUCAAAUAUGAUGAUUAUAAAGAAUUUGAUGUAAAUCGUUAAUUGCAUGAUCAAGCAAGAGAUUUCAGAUUGGUUUAAUAGGAGCUUCUAAAAUAGUAACUGUAUGACCAGUAGUUAGAGAUGGAAAGGAGAAAGAGAUCUCUAACAACACAAAAAUAAAGAGAGGAAUUGUUAUACUUAGAGAAUUUGAGAAAAGAAAAAGAAAUACAUAAUUUUAUGGAAGGACAAAACAAAUAGUAUGUAAAAUAGGAUUUAUCAAAAUGGUAUGAAAAUUCACUAACUAAUUAAAGAAUCAUCCAAGAAUAGAUAGUAAUGUUAUCUAUAUUGAUAGAGAUAAGAAAGAUAAUAGAUUGAAUAAUAAAUUAUUGAUACAGCAAAACAAGGAUAAACAAUGGCUGAGUUUUUUGAAAAAUAAAAAAAAGAUUAUUAUAGAAAGGUGUAGGAUUAAUAAUAUGGUCAAGCAUAGAUUAAAAAGAUGAAUGAAUAAAAUUAUAAAAAGUUUGAUUAGGCAGUUUAUUAAGAAUAAGUACAUUAAGAAAAUAAUAAAAUAUAAAGGAAGUUAGACAAUUAUAAAUAAGUACAUAAUUAAUGAUAUAUUGAAAGUAUUAUCAGAAUGUUUAAAACAGGUAGCAAUAAUUAUAGGCAAUGUACUUAGAUAAUUAUAGAGAUCCAAAAUAGGGAAUAGAUGACAUCAUAUAAAAGAAUUUUGUACAAAAGUAAUAACAAGAUGAGAAACAAUAUAAAUAUUAGAAAGAAUUGGAAGAUAUAUCAAAGGAGAAGUAUAAUUCAAUACUUUCUAUUUAAUUACAAGAAUAAUAAUAGAAGCGAAAAAAGAAUAGAUAUGAUGCUCAAUCAAAUGGUUAUUAACUUGGUAAUUCUGUAUAUUGGCAUAAUUCGGAUAGAUAAAAUAAUGUAUGAAUAUUUAAGAGAUUUUAGAUUUCUACACCUGCUAGAAGUGUUGCUUCUGAUUAAAAUCAAUAAUAUAAUCCACUUACUAAUCCUAAUCCAAAUCAGACACAGAAUCCUUAUAUACUAAAAUAAUUGGGAAUGAAUCUAAAUGAUUUGCCUACUCCAGCUUAUACUAAAUCAAAGUUAGCUUCAAUGGGAAAGUUUUGCAUAAAUUGA